AUGAGGAGGAUGGAUCUUAUAAAUAGCGUAAGAGAUUCAAUAGACUCUUCAUUGAGAAAAGGCUUGAUUAACAGAUAGUAAAGCUUUGACUAGCAAUCUUUUAGCAUUCAAGAUCUUGAUUCAUAAAUCGAUAAUAUGUCUGAUUCUUACUUAGAUCAAAUUAAUAAAACACCUGAUUUUAAACUUGACUAGCUUUAAUCUGAUCAUAAAUAAUCAGCUAAAGUAAAUGCAAUAGAGCCUGAAACUUUUGACUAGCAGUUUCUUAAGUACUCUCUUGAUAUUAAAGAAGUAAAGUCAUUGGUAAAUCUUUGGAAAGAGGAGUUUGUGCGAAGAAAGCAUUAAAAAUUGCCAGAAUUAGAAAGGGCACAGAUGAAAGAUGAUUCUAGACUUGGAGGGUAUUCUGAGUCAAUUAAUAAAGAUUAGAAAGUCAUCUAAUACUUGCUCAAACAUCUCAGAACUAAGACUUAAAAUUCAGAGAAGUUUGAAACCGUCGACAAUAGUAUGUAUAAGGAAAUUGAUAUUGUUGAUUAUGAAGCUCUAUAGAUGUUUAUUUAAUCCAAAGAAGAACUUCAAGAGAAUGAAGGGGAUUUAUAAGAGAGGUACCAAAUGCUUGGUUUUUUCAAUAUGAGGCAAAUGCAAGAAGCUAGACAUUAAAAAGCUGUUCAGAAGAAUUUUCAAUAAUAGGUUCAGGGGCUUGAUGAAGAGGAGAAAAUACAGCAAGAUGAAGUAGAAGUAUUAGAUAUAAUGGAGUCGCUUAAAGAUUAGUAUGAUAAUAUCAUGAACAGAGUUAAAGAUCACAGACAAGCUAAGGCUAAGUAUAAAACUGGGAAAAUUGGAAGUGAUAUCUAGAACAACAAAUCUAUAUUUGACUAUAUGUCACCAGACCGAUCAAAGCGAUAGUAAGAUGAGAAUAUGACUGACGUUGGCCUAAUACCUCAAGAUCAAACAGAGUAGUCUGAGUAUCCGGAGCUGGAUUUUAUUGACUUGCUUGACAUUGACAGUAACGCUACUCCACUAAUUGAUGAGAAUAUGCUAUUUAAUGAUGAAGAGAGUGAUGAUAUUCAGGGUAGUAUGAUAUCUAUGCAAAAUAACAUAAUCAAGUAGUCUAAAAUUGGAAGAAACUUUGAUUUAGAAGAAGUAAAAGAAGAAAUGAGUGAGGAAAGUAUGCGAUAAUAAAAAAGCCAGCACACAGAUAAGAUAAGUGAUCACAGAAAUUCAUCUAUAGGAAUAAGAAAAUCAGGGACAGAAUAGGAUUAAACAGAGUUCUAACCUAGAUACAUACUAAAGGGUGAUAAAAUUAUUAGAGUUAGAGCUGCUCGUGAAAAAUAACCAUAGGAUUACCCUCAUUUAAAUGCUCAUUUUAGUGAAAAGAAAGACUUACUUGAGCAUUUAAUCUAAUUAAGAUAAGUCAGAUAAAAUAGAAAUCUACAACUUAAGGAUACCAAAAUAUUCAUCACAGAAAAAAACAAGUAUGAAAUAAAAGUAGAUGAAAAAGUAAACAUCAACACUGUUGGUAACUACAUCGAGCAUGUCACUAACUAGCCCUUAAGAUAUAACAAAUUAGCACCAACUUCUAAAUAAAUAAAUAAAAAGUAUUAAUCUCAAGGGGACAAAGAUAAAUAUCAGAGGCAUUUAAUUCAAGAUACUGACAAAAAGGCUGACAUUGACUAAAAACUUAAACAAGAAGCAAAGAGAGACUUAAUCAUUCAGAACAUGGGAUCAGCUGAAAAUAGAUUCAUUACUCCUGCUACUUAAUAUAACAUAGAUUCUCAAAAUAAUAUGGGUGGUUUCGAAAAGCAAAGACAAGUCUUAAAUAAUGAACAACAGUAGACUAGCCAGAUGCAAACUCUAUUUGAUUUACAUCAAAAGUUUGACCUAAUUAAUGGAAUUACAUAAAUGAUAAUAGAGGUAUUCGUCCAAACUAGAGAGGGCUGUGCAGUCUUCUAUGUGAUUCAUAAUGAAUGUGCAGAAUUAGACUUGGAGGACAAAUAUAACAAGAUACAUGGAGUCAUUGUUAAUAAGUAAGCUUCGAAAUCAAUCAAAUCAAUCAAUAUGGGAACGCACAUGCAAAUUAAUGAGAGCAUCUUUGCUAAAAAUGAGGUCAACUUGUUUCAAAAGGUUAUCGAUAUAUUCAGAUACUACGACCCUGAUAUUGUGACUGGUUAUGAAACAGAGGCUAUGAGUAUCGGUUAUAUUUGCAAGAGAGCUGAAAAGAUAGGUAUUCAGAUGUCUAGCGUAUUAUCGAGAACUCCAAUGACUUUGAAGCCAUUGAAUGAAAGCUUUUAUAAUCAAAAAUUGCUAAAGGAGCAGAGACUUAGAAGCGUUGAUGAUUAAGAUGACAUUUAGGAAGCAUAUAAACAAUAAAAGGACCAAAGAGAGGAUAAGAAAAAAAUGAGUUAUUUCUACAAUAAAUUUGGAUAAGCUAUUAAACUCAACGGAAGAAUAAUAAUAAACUUAUGGACCAUUUUGAGACAUGAGAUUAAUCUCACUAACUAUGAUUUGGAGAACGUUUGCUUUAAUAUACUCAAGAAAAGAGAACCGAGGUACGAUUAUGAUACUUAGAGCUAAUGGUGGAUGAAAGGCUAAUUCUAUAAUGUAGCUAGUUAUUAAUUCAAAAGGCUUUUGAACAUUUAUUCGAUAUUAGAAACAAUGGAUUUGAUUAACAGAGAUAUUAAUAUGGCCAAGGUUUAUGGCAUUGAUUAUGAGAGUGUAAUGACCAGAGGAUCUUAGUUUAGAGUUGAGGCAAUAUUAUCCAGAAUUACUAAGUCUUAAGAUUAUUUGUUAUUGUCUGCAGCAGUGUAAUAAGUUAGAAAUCAAAACGAACUUGAAGUGAUCCCACUAGUGGUUGAGCCUGAUAAGUUAUUUUACACAAGUCCAGUAAUUAUUGUUGAUUUUCAAAGUCUCUAUCCUUCAGUGAUCAUCGCCUAUAAUCUCUGUUACUCUACCUGCUUGGGAAAGAUUAUUUAGAUUAAUCCUGAAAAUAAUACUGAUUAAAGAAAACUCGGAGUAUAUGUGAUACCUGGAAAUAUAAAAUCAUUUUUUGGCAUUGAAAACGAUUAAGAUCUGACUCCAGAAUAAGAGCAAUACAUAUUGGACAAUAUAAUUAUAGCUCCAAAUCUUAAUUGCUUUGUGAAGCCUCACUUGAGAUUAGGAUUACUACCCAGAAUGCUGAGAGAGAUACUAUAUACCAGAAUAAUGGUUAAGAAAUCAAUGAAGCUCUAUUAGCCUGGAUCUAUAACGUAUAGAAUGCUGGACUCAAGAUAACUAGCAUUGAAGUUGAUAGCAAAUGUAACAUAUGGAUAUACUGCUGCUGGAUUCUCUGGGAGAAUGCCAUGUUCUGAGCUAGCUGACAGUGUAGUUGCCAUUGGUAGACACACUCUUGAAAGGUGUAUGAAGAUAGUAAAUUAAAACGAGGAGACUUGGGGAACAAGGGUGGUCUAUGGAGACACUGAUUCCACAUUCAUAUUAUGCGAGGGAAGAACUCUUGAAGAUACUUUCAGAAUAGGAGAAAUAAUUGCUAAAACUAUGACUGAGAUCAAUCCUUUCCCAAUGGAAUUAAAAUUAGAAAAGGUUUAUUAUCCUUGUGUCACACUUGCCAAAAAGAGAUAUUGUGGUUAUAAAAUGGAGAAGAUUACUGAUACUCCAGUAUUAGAUGCAAAGGGGAUAGAAACAAUAAGAAGAGACACUGUAGAAGCAGUGGCUAAAAUCAUGGAUAAAUGCUUAAGACUGCUGUUCGAGACCAAAGAUCUUACUUAAAUCAAAUCUUAUCUCAUCAAGUAAUGGACCAAAAUUUAAAAUGGAGAUGUUGAAUUCAAGGACUUUAUAUUUGCGAAAGAAGUAAGACUAGGAACUUAUCGAGUGUUGCCUCCUAGUGCUAUAAUUUGUGAAAGAAGACUAGAGCGAGAUCCAGGGGCAAUGCCUAGAUAUAAAGAGAGAAUACCAUAUGUAAUUGCGAUGGGCCAAGGUGGAGCAAUUGAUCAAUCGAAGAUAAAAGAUUUAGUCCUAUCACCUGAAGAGUUUCUUUCUUCUGAUGGACUGCUACUAAAUGCCAAUUAUUACAUUAGAAGACAGAUUAACGCAGCUUUAAACAGAAUAUUUCUGGAGAUUUUCGAUAUCGAUGUAAAUUAAUGGUUCAAUAGAAUGCCUAAACUAAACAGAGAACAAGGAAUUCACAGUAAAAAGAUAGAUUACUUUCAACAGUAAAUAAGCAGUUCCAGAUCUAAUAUUUCUAAGUCAAAGUUGUCCUCUAAGUUAUCCUCUAGAAGUGGAGUGUCAAGUACUAGCAUUGCAGGCUAGAACUCAAUGAUGAUUGAUCAGUUUUACCAGAGAAAGAAUUGCAUUGUCUGUGGUGAUGAAUCCAAGCAAAAACUGUGCAAAACUUGCACAAAAAACGUUAGAGAGACUAUUUAUAUACUCAAUCAAAGACUCAAGAAUCUCUAAAAUUAACUAGAAAAGAAUAAUAUGAUAUGCCUAGCAUGUUCUAAUAUGCUCUUGAGAGGUAGGGUAGCUUAAUUAGUUUAAGCGAUGCCAAAUGAUGGUAUAAGUGAUGAAGUAGUACCCUGUCUCAAUUAUCAAUGCAGGAUAUUUUAUGAAAAGAUGGCCUUUAACAAAGAAUAUGCCUAUCUCAAGGAUGCUAUUGAAAAAAUUAACAUUAAUUAGAUUUGA